CGCUAACACCAAAACACACUUGCUGCUUUGCUAGCUGCUGUGCUACUACAUCGACAGAGUGGCCAUUAAAUUCGCAUUCAAUAAAAGUAAUGCUAAACAUGCAUGUGGCAGCACGUGGGAUAUAGUGUAGUUCGAUGUUUUUGAAGGGACUACAACCACCAGGAGUCCAAGCGGCACAUUACUCUAACACUUCCGGGGUAUAAGUGAUUGAGUUCCCCGCCUUUUGACUGAGCAGCAGUUUCUCUGGUCGUCCUCUGACACCGGCGGAUUUAUUUCAAUUUGACGCCGAAUAGCGCGUCUCCGACAUAUUGUUUCACGAACAUGUAGCUGAUUUAUUCGCUUGUUCGCCGUCUUCGUCCACUAACGAGCAGACAUGUUGCUGCCGUCGGACGUCGCGCGGCUUGUUUUGGGCUACCUCCAAGAAGAGGGGCUGUGUGCCACGAGCCAAGCGUUCAUCCACGAGAGCCCCAACCUGAAGGAGUAUGCUGAACACACCACACUAGAUGGGACUAUUCCUGCCUGUGUAUUUUCAAUCUUUGGGAAAGGCCUCGCAACCAUCUUAAAUGAGUAUGUGGCUGCCAAAACAAAGGAGUCUUGUCAUGAGGUACCUAUGAUGAUGACCUCUUUGUGGAAAAAGUUGGAUUUUACACUCAACCAAAUCAAGUCACUGCAGAAUUCACCAGCUGUAUCAGCAAGUCAGAGAACACGUUCACGCGUUGGAUUAGCAAACAUGGCAAGACAGCGGGUCCUGACCGUGACUUCAGCCGGUGCUGAAACGAGCUCCAUCAUCAGCCCGGCACACACCUUGCACAGCAUGUUCAGCCACUCGACUCCUGUGAGCUACUCUGCUCCGCACAUCAGACAAGCUCUUGGCAGUGGCACACCCCAACAGAUCCAUGAUGGCAGCCGAUUACUGAGUAUAUCAAGGGAUUCACCGGUUCAUAUCAUUGUGUCAGAGAAUCGGCUAAAUCCAGGCCCAAUGUCUCCUGGACGACGGAAAUGGGACACACCCAGGAAGAGAGGUGGUGCUCAGAGUGGAACCAGUGGUCCUGGCAGAUCUGCCACAGCUGUCAGUAGCGUCAGUGCUGAACCCCAGCCUGAAGAGGUUGUUAAUGAAACUUUUCCUCAACUUGUGAUACAAAAUGCACGUGACAGGAUACUGGGUGACAGAUCAUUACAAGAGAAGCUUGCUGAAAACAUCAACAAAAUCCUUGCCAAUGAACCAACGCCUCAAACAUCCAAGGCCUCUUCAGCCACAAUGGAGACAGACCCGUCUAUAGAUGAAAUCCUGGGAUUACAGGGGGAAAUCCACAUGAGUGACGACGCCAUCCACGACAUUUUGGAGCAAACAGAGUCUGACCCAGCUUUUCAGGCCCUCUUUGACCUCUUCGAUUACAAUAAAUCCAAAUUCCCUGAUGGAGAACCAGGGGAUGAAGAUGUGAGCAGUAGUCCCGAAGAGAGUGAUGCUGCUGGAUCUUCAUUGACGUUCAGACCCCUUCUGAGUGAUGAUCCAGGCACUACACAGAGAGAUACUAACGUUUCUGAUACAAACCCUGUGACCGUGAAGACGAGAGUCGGACAAGAUCGUAAGACCAGGAAGUCUGCUCCUUCCACCUUGUUAAAGAAAACGCUUCUUGCCCCCAGAGGUAAAGCCUCGAGAAUUGAGGGCAGUUCAGCCAGAUUGUUAGUGAGUCAUGGGGAGCACCGAGGAGUCUCACCUCCUGCAAGGAAGUCGAACAGAAAAGAAAGAGCCUCGCUCUUUAAUAACAGUGUUGCUGUUACACCGAUGGAUAUUGAUGAACCAUUGAAUACACCCCCUCCUCCUUCAGACAGCAUGGCCUCUUGUGAGCCUGUCACAACAGACAGCACCUUCACAACUGGUCUCUGUGAAUCGGUUCCCUCAUCAAGAGUCUCAACUGCACUUGUUGCACCGUUGGUGACGUCAACCUCUAAUGUGGAUGGAAAAGAGGAGCAUAAACGAGCACAACAUUCUACAGAGCAACCUACAGUCCCCUCUUUAGCUCUGAGUGAUCCGCCUGAUUAUUUGUCUCCUGUACAAGUUGAACUCACUCCUGCGUCGACUGUUGACCUGUCUGCUAUCGCAGCUUCUAGCGAUGGAGGAGACACUCAUCUAGGCUGUACUCACUCUGUAACAUUAGAAUCUGCCUCUUCCACAUCUGCCUCCUCAAACGCCACAGUUACAGCUGUGCCUGCCUCGCCAUCAGCUUCCUCUGUUGCACCAUUCAGAGCAACACCUGACUCACCCAUAUGUGCCUCUGCCUCUACAACUCUCACAGCUACCCCGACCUCAUCCACACCUGCCUCACCCGCAUCAUUCUCCUCCUGCGCCCCAGUUGCGUCAGCACCUGAUCCUUCAUCCACCAAUGUCAACCCCCAAAGCAAGGCUGCCGCAGAUUCCAGUAAUAUAGUUUCUUUGAACAUCAUCAUCAGUGAUAACCAGGAAGAGGAGCUGGCCAACGACGCUGCCUUGAAUCAGGCAAUUUCCAGCAUUUCUGAGGAUAAGAUACCCACCAUCUAUCUUUCCUCUCCAGCCAAGUCCCUUGGAUACUCUGGCAUCCCUGGCACUCCAAAGAAUAACUUGGAUGAGGUGGCACAGGCAGUUAGUAGUUUACAGGGCUUCGAGGCAACUGCUAGUCCUCUCACCGGUAAGGCUUUGGGAUUGCUGGCAUCUCCAUUAUCAGGGACAUCGCAGGCCCAGCAGAGCUACGUAAUUCAACUACCCCUGGACACUACUAACCCUCCUCUCCCAGGAGCCACUGCCAGCUACUUCCUUGUGACUGAACCCCCGACUGCAGACGCUCAGUCCAGACAGGUGCUACUCCCUGCUGGUGUCUCAAAGGGACAGCCAUUGCCUACCAACCAGUUUGGGGCGACUACUUCAACUCAUCCUCAAAGCUACUCCACUGGGUCCACUCUCAUCUUACCAUCACCUGUUAAGCCCCUGAUGCUUCCUAUUACUGUUAUGGGCCAGAACUCUCUGGGGAAUGUCCAGAUGGUGUCUAAUCAGCUGGUUGCCAUACCAAAUCAAGUGUUGGUACAGCAGCCAGAAACCAUCAACCACAAACCUUCCACAGCGGCAGUCAAACAAUCCACUGCUGCUGGCACUGAGGGAACUGUUGUUGGUAAAGUAAUUCAACCUGCUUCAGCUGAAAAUACAAGUCAGCAGGAUGCAGCCAAGAGUUCCAAUCAUCGUAGAAUUUUAUUUUUUGACUCUUCUGCAGGAGUUCAACUACAAACCCCUGAAACCACAAAAGUCACCUCACCUGCAGCCCCAAAUACAUCUACACCACGAUCUGUCCAGCAACCUGGGAAAGUAAAAACACAAUUAGUCCCUCAAAUACGGCCUGCUAUCUUAAGUGGCAACAAGCCCAAGAGGAGAAUAGAGAUUACCAGAUGCCCAACUGAUUCCCAGAAUUUAGGAGGGUUAGUGAAGGAGGCAGAGAAUUCCAGGCCUCCACAACAGCACCAUAAAGUUCCUGUUAAAAAGACCUCUCGCAAACAAGAUCAUAAGAUCAACAACCAAGAGUCUCGAAGUGCAAGUGCCAGCAGGGUGGGUUCCUCACAGCCUGAGGCUUUGAAAAAGCUAGAAUCAGGAAGAAGAUCCAAAUCUACUGACAAGAAAAACAAUAAUGAUAAUGGAGAAGCAAAAGCUCAUGAUUCACAGAGGUCAAGGAUGUCUUCUGACACCGCAACGAAACCAGGAAGUAGAAAGGAGAAAGAGGAAAGCAGCAGGAAAGAACCUGCAGAAAAGGCUCCUGCCAAAUCGCGAGAGGGCCGCACAGAAAAGAGGAAUCCUUCUCAGGAAACGCCAAAUGUGACAGCCAACAAGGAAAAUGAAAUUAAGGGGCGCGUGCAAGAGCAGCAACAGCAGUCUACAUCUGCAUCCUCAGCAUCAAGCGACCUCAACCCUCCAGCUGUCACUCAACCAGAAUCUAAUCCCCAGUCCAAGGCUACAAAAGCCCAGUCAAAGUCCUGCUCUCUGGCUAAACAGGCAGCUGAGAUGCUCCAGGACAUCCAGGAACUAAACUCUCCUUCCACCCCAGCCAAGAGGCCUGGAGCAAGUACCUCAGAUAUAAGCCUACCCAGUACCCCUGGGACCGGCUGUAACCAGGAGGAGUCCACCGACUAUCCCAGGACUCCUUCCAGACAGAAAAUGGGUAAAGACGGAGAAGGGCCUCAGAAGCGUCUCAUGCCCCCCAACACCCCGGAUGUCCCCACCUGCAGCCCCGCCAGUGAGGCUGGCAGUGAAAACAGCAUUAACAUGGCCGCUCACACACUCAUGAUUCUUUCUCGGGCUGCCAUCGCUAGGACGGGCACUCCCCUGAAGGACAGUUUGCGUCAGGAUGGAGUUGGAGAAAAGUCACCCACAAGCUCAAAGAGCUCUAAAAAACGCAAACAGUCUUCUCCCACAGCCAGCACGCCUGCCAAGAAAGAGUCCAAACGAUCGCCGGGCAAAAAGAAUGACCGGGAGAAGAAGAGACUCGUCGAUUGCUUUCCCCUGGACUUGGAUGUGGAUAAGUUCCUGUCUUCACUUCACUAUGAUGAGUGAAAUCCGACACACCAACAGGGAAGGACUGCCCUUUUCACUACCUGCUUAGGUUACUACCCAGGAAUAGAACAAGCCAUCUGCUAAAACAGUGCCUCUGGUUCCUAUUAGUAACCUUGCCCGAGACCUUAUAAGCUGCAAUGCCGCCUUCAGCCAGUGAGGAACUUUGAUUCUGCUGGCUAGUUUCCAGUGCGGGCAAUCAACACAACAUCCUGUUAAAUGCAGCAAGGCAACCACGGCACGGUGCUGUACUGUUUAUCCUCAUGUUUGCUUCAUGUUUUAAUCACCUUUUUUAUUUACUACAACAAAACAAUUACACAUUUGUCUGUGGGCACUUUGCCAUAAAUGGUGCUGGUUGCUUAAAAUUGGUGAUUUAAAACAUUUCCUUGGUCAAUAUUUGACUCUAGUGCUAUAUAUGUGAACAUUUUUGGGAAUAUGUUGCUUCCUUUUAUUUGAAUAACACUGAAGAAAUAGUGUUCAUGAUCAGAAAUGUCUGACUAACUGAAGAAUAAUGUUAUGAAUGUAUAUAUUUUUUUCUUGCAUACACAAGUAUAGUGUUCCUUUUUUGUUUGUUGGUAGAAUCAGACGCAUACUUUGUGAAAAUGCAACUGUGCACCUUUGCACACUCAGGCUUCUUUCAGUGUUGUAAUAAAACUAAGAUACGGCCUUGUGUGUUUUUCCUCAGUAUAAACUUGCUGGACCUGUUCAAAAGUACAUCUUAAAAUGGAAGCACCGAACCUCCAGACAGCUUAUGUAACUCGUCAUGUGCUUGGCAAAAUUGUGUGAAUGUUGUGAAGCCAAUAGGUCACAUGAGGAAUGGAAUAGCACCUGAGAAUUGAGGAAUAAAUGGUCACAUGUG